UCCUCCGUGGCGCACGUAACCCGCUUACAAAUGAACAUCGUGCCGGGGCCAAACUCAUGCGCUCUGCACACCACUUUCUUUUUUUUUUCCGGGAGGCGUUGCGCAUCGCAGCCGAGCCGCUGCGCUCCCUUUCCUUCAUUCCUUCUUUCUGCUCCACUCGGGACGCUACCUCGCGCAGUGCCGGUGCACCGGCGGCUUUGCACGGCAUCGCUGCCCCAGUAGGCGAAGCGACGCCGCGGCGCGGCGGUCAGCUCGACGUCCUCCCGGAUCCCCCGCAAAGCCAUCUGCCAUGCCGGAUCUGCGUCGGGGGGGAGCUGUUCCUCUCUCACUCUCUCUCUUCCUCCUCUUGUUGUUCUGAUAAACUCCGCUCGGUUGUGGCAGAAUCCCACCGCCAGGCUCUACAUGCAGCCCGGACCGUGAGCCUCCAUCAGCGGGCUUAUCACCGGCAAUAAAAAAAAAAAAGCGACUUUAUUGGUCACAGACGGUGCCUCUACUCUCCAGAUGAGCCGCCGCGCGCUGCUGUAAUUCAAGCCGGGAGCAUCGGCGGGAGCACCCGGGUGCAAAGACGAAUGGUUCGGGCAUGGUGCCCACGCCCCAGGUGUGCGUAUCCACCCUGGUCACAGUGAGCACGAUGGUGGUGGUGGACCUCUACCUGCUGGAGCAAAGCAUGCUGGGAGCGCACGGGCAGUCGGGGCCCAGCGUGUGGCAGUGCGUGGCCGUGUUGCUGGGUGACGUCGGCUUCCUGCUGGCGCUGCGCUUCGUGUCGGCCGGGGUGGUAUCAGAGGCGCGAUCGUCCCGCCGGGGAUUUGCCAACGCGCUCUGGUUCCUCUUUCUGUCCCUGCUCCAGCUCAAGCUCUUCUUCGUCUGCCACAACUACAGGCAGGAGCGGCGGCCACCAGACCCGCUCGCCAGGAAGGUCCUGACACUCCUGCUGUCCAUCUGCUUGCCGUCCCUGUUUUUGAUCCUCACGGGGGCGGACUACAUGACCCCACAGCGCAGGAAGCAGGAGGUGCGGGGUCGCCUCCUGUGGGUGGUGGUGGACCUGCUGGAUGUGCUGGACCUGCAGGCCGGACUGUGGGAGGCCCAAGGAGGGGCGCCGGGGCCUCAGCAACAGCUGCCUAUCUGGGCUGAGGGCUUGGUUUUCUUUUAUUGCUACACCCUUCUGCUUCUGCUACCGUGUGUAGCCCUCACGGAAUUGGGGGCUGUGGGCUUGCCAGGCCAGAAGGGGCCCCGUAAGGAGGCAUUGUACCCUUGGCUCAGCCUGUUCACGAUCAACAUCUUCACCCUUGGCUUCAGGGGAGCUGGUAUGCUGUGGUACAGGGACUCCCGAGUCUCGACGGUGUUCCUGGGCAAGAACCUCCUGGCGUUGGCGGUGAAGCUGAGCUCAGCCUACGAGAGGCACAAGCAGGACCGCGGUCCGAGGGGGGCCGGGGCGGCAGCUGAAGGCCGACCCGAAGAAUCCGCACUACCGGGUGAGGGCUCGGAGCAGGGAGAGACGCAGACUCAUGGGAAAACCUCCUCAGCUCACUUUCACACUCUGUCUCGCUCACAAAGCCACACACACUCCCACGUGAGCCCGGGACACGCAGAGUCACCACUGGCACCCUCUUUCAUCACCCAUGAACUCUAGACAGACUCCCACACAAAUUUAUAGUGUGCAUAAUCUAUGUACACGCAGCCAAAUCCAAGACAAGCCAAACGGAUGGACGCAGUGGAUACAAUGCUGUGAAGCUUGGAUUAAUGCACACUUGGAGCACCGUGUUUGUUUCUUUGUUUUUGUUCGUGGGCCUCAACAUUAAAACUACUUCAAACCAGAAGAAUAAUUCCGAGAAUCUGAAAAAGUUUUUCCCCCUUCUCAAAUUUGUAUUGUUUUUAAAGUUUCCCCAAAUUAAUGUUUAAAAUCAUCACAAUAAUGUAAAUAUUCGACAAAGACAACCCAAAUAAACACUCUUAUUUAUUGUGGGGGGAAAUGAACUACUCAACACUAAAUGACCCUGUGUGAAAAAGUUAUUGUCCCCCUUGUCGUUAAGUCAGUUAUUUGGAAGCUGUCGAAUCGGGAAAUAACUUAAAUAGAACCUGUCAGACAAAAUAGAGGCCAAAAGAUCUCAAAAAGCCAAAAGAAAAUGUUUUAAUCCAAAGAAACUCAAGAACACAUAAGAAAUAAAACUAUUGACAGUCAUGAAAGGGUUAAAAACCCAUUUGUAAAGCUUUAGGACUCCAGUUAACUACGGUGAGAGCCAUUACCCACAAACAGAGAAUAUUUGCAACAGUGGUGAACCUUUCCAAGAGAGACCAUCUUACAAAGUUUAUCCCAAAAGCAUAGCAAUAUCUCAUCCAGAAGGAACCCAGGAAAACACCCAAGAAACUGCAGCCCCCUCUUGCCUCAGGUAAGGUCAGGGUUCAUGACUCAACAAUUAGGAAGAGACGAGACAAAAAUGGGAUCCAUGGCAAAGUUUCAAGGUAAAAAUAAAUCCUGAUCCUCAAAAACGUAAAGGCUUGUCUUACUUUUUUGUGGGGGAAUAACAACUGAAUGAUUCCAAAGACUUUUGUGCACCUCGCUACAUCUGUCG